CGCAAAGUUGACAUUUUUAAUUGAUGUUAACUGAACUUUGUACCUCGUAAGAACUUAGGAAAUAACAAUAUUACUUUCUUCAUUGUGCCGUUUGCGGUUGCAAGUUGUGGUUGUCGAGCCUGACCGAACAGGGAAGUUAGGGAAAAGAAAUAACGGACUUAAUAACACUUGAUUGUUAACAACAGGCAGCACAAUGGUACUUCAAGGACUUGUCGCAUAUUAUAAUAAAGUUCGAAGUGAAGGCGAUCCUCGAACAAAAGAUUAUUUAUUUGUCAAUGAUCCAAAAUAUGUAAUUAUGGCAGCGUUGUUAUAUCUUGUUAUGGUUACGGUUGGACCUAAAUUUAUGGAAAGUCGAAAAGCUUUGCAACUUCGUGGACUGCUUAUUGUCUAUAAUUUUUUUUCUGUGUUGUUAUCUCUCUGGAUGAUGUGGGAGAUGUUUGCUUCUACCUUCUUGAAUCCUGAGUUUAACUUAACAUGUCAAUCGAAUAUUGAAAAUGACACUAGUCCUGAUACAAUUAGAUUAGUUGAUGCACAUUGGUGGUAUUUUUUUUCUAAGCUGAUUGAGUUUUCAGAUACAUUUUUCUUUGUGGUUCGAAAAAAGAACAAUCAAAUAUCAUUUCUUCACACAUACCACCAUGUUUCAAUGUUGCUUCUUCAAUGGUUAUUGGUUAAAUAUGUUCCUGGCGGAGCUAGUUACUUUGGAAAUUUUUUAAACUGUUUUAUUCAUUCAAUUAUGUACACCUAUUACAUGUUGGCUGCUGUUGGUCCACACAUGCAUAAAUAUUUAUGGUGGAAGAAAUAUCUCACAAAAAUGCAAAUGUCACAGUUCGUCCUUAUAUUUUUCUACUGCUCGAACGCCAUACACGCAUGCAAAGAUGAUAUUAAUAACACUUUCUUCUGGAUUCAUUGGUUUUACAUGAUAUCUCUGUUUUGGCUUUUCAAUCAUUUUUAUCAAACAUCCUACAAUACAAAGACUGGAGAUAAAGAAGCCAUUUCAAAGCAAGAAUAUUUGACCAGUUCAAUGCAAUCCCAUUUAUCAAUUGAUCAUUGCAUUAGUUCUAAAAUAUCUAAAAAAUCAACAACUUUACUUAACGAUGACGAUAUAUCCGAUAUUGAGAGCGGUAAUGAGAAUGGUUUUGAAGAGACUGGUCAUAAAAAAUUAAACAAGUUAUUGGUGAAUUUUAUUGUUGGUACCAAUCAGCCGAUUUCGAUAGUACGUCAUUCAGAUUUUGUAAACUUAGUUAGUGAGUUGAACAAAAGCUACAAAAUGCCAUGCAUAAAUACGGUGAGCAAGAAAUUAGUUCCAUUAAUUACGGACAAUCUUAAAUCAAUUUUAAUGCUAGAAUUAAAGGGAUGUCAUUUCAUUAUAAUUACUUGUGAUAGUUGGACAUCAUUGGUUACUGACUCAGGUGCAAAUAUUUUCUCUGCAGUAAAUAAAUUUGAUGAUAAUGUUCUUAAGAUUCCGUGUGCUGGUCAUCGUUUGAAUUUCGUGGUUAAUGAUCUUCUAAACGCGAGAGAUAUAAAAGUAAAAAAAUUUAAAAAUGGGUCAAAGCGUUAUGAAGUAAAAGAUUAUGACGUUAAUGGAAAAUUAAUUAAUCGAGAAAUUACAGAAAGUGAAGUGAAAGAAAUUGAAAAAAUUAACGAAGGUAAAUUAGAAAUUGCCAAGGUAAUUUCAUCCUGCAGGCACAUUGUUGGUUCAUUUAAGCAUUCAGAGAUGUUACAAAAAAAGUUAAAAGAAGUUCAAGAAAUACUUAGUUAUGAAACUAAAAUAAAGUUAGUACAGGAUAUAGCUAUUCGCUGGAAUAGCCAAUUCGAUAUGAUUGAAUCUAUAUUAACAAAUAAAACUGCAUUGGAUAUGAUAAGCAUCGAAUUCCAAAAUAUAAAAGACUAUCUUCCCAUUGCAACUGAAUUUAAGGUGCUGGAGGAUUUGUGUAUUUUGUUACACCCAAUUAAAGAGCUGGUAUCAGCAAAACAAACGAGUAUUGAAGAAGCUGACGAUGAUCAUCCUUUGAAAUUUUUGACAGAAGAACUUAAAUGUUUGCGAGAGUUAGAUCCUCGUGCCGUCCAAGAAGAUCUCUCAGCGGAAUCUUACAUUGGUUUAGAUUGCGAUGUAGUAACCACCGGUUCACUUGCUACUGAUGCUGAAAUCAUUGCUCAGAUUUUAGAUCCUAAUUUUGAAAACGACGAUAAUGAAGUUGAAGAUAGCGUUGACGAAGCUAUUGACGUCGAAGCCCCGCCACGUCCAUCUGACAUUCAAUUAGAAAUUGCUUUUGAAACGAUUCAAAAUGCUUCUUUUUGUUUCUUUGCAACACACAGCACAAUGGUAUUUGAAGAACUUGUUACUUAUUAUAAUAAAAUUCGAAGUGAAGGUGAUGCGAGAACAAAAGAUUAUUUAUUUGUCAGUGAUCCAAAGUAUGUGAUUUUGGCUUCUAUUUUUUAUAUCGUUAUGGUUACAGUUGGACCUAAAUUUAUGGAAAGUCGCAAAGCUUUGCAUCUUCGUGGAAUGCUUAUUGUUUACAAUUUCUUCUCAGUUUUGCUAUCUGUUUGGAUGAUGUGGGAGAUAUUUGCUACUACAUUCAUCAGUUCAAAAUUUAACUUGAUAUGUCAGUCAAAUGAUGAAAAUGACACCGCCUCUAAUACAAUGAGAUUAGUCAAUGCACAUUGGUGGUAUUUUUUCUCUAAGCUAAUAGAGUUUUCGGAUACAUUUUUUUUUGUGGUUCGAAAGAAGAACAAUCAGAUAUCUUUUCUUCACACAUACCAUCAUCUUUCAAUGUUACUUCUUCAAUGGUGUUUAGUUAAAUAUGCGCCUGGAGGAGCCUCCUACUUUGGACCCUUUUUGAACUGUUUUAUUCAUUCAAUUAUGUACACCUAUUACAUGCUAGCUGCUGUUGGUCCACAUAUGCAAAAAUAUUUAUGGUGGAAAAAAUAUCUUACAAAAAUGCAAAUGAUUCAGUUUGUAUUCAUUAUCGUGUACAUACUAAACGCGUUGCGAUCUGGAUGCAAUUAUUGGGAUACAAUUCUUUGGAUAAAUGUGAUAUAUCUUUUUACCCUAUUAUAUUUAUUUGGUGUAUUUUAUAUAAGGUCAUAUAAUAAUAGAAAGUUGAGAGAUGACUAGUUUUAGAAUUA